CUCAGAAAGCUGUUUAACACAGCUCCGGCAGCAAUUGGUACAGGGACAGCAAACCAGGCUGCAUCUGCUCAGCCCCAGUCACAAGCUCCCUGCUUCCUCCGUGCGUGUGUGUGUGUGUGUGUCAGUGUGUGUGUGUGCGUGCGCUAGACAUAGGCAUCCGCUCUCAGCAUCUCGCUGUCUCCUGAAUCCUCCGGCAGCAAGCGCAGCGCUCUCGCUCCCCGGGUCCCAGCCCCGCCGCUCCAGCCCCAGCUGGGGAUUUGCUCGCCGGGUGCGGGAUGCGGUAAGCACCCGCAAGUGGAGAGGGGGCUGCGGCCAGAGGCAGUGGCAAUGGACAUCGAGCGGACUGCUUUCUAGGAUUUGUACUCCUCAGACAGACCUUGACGCUGAGCCAUGGGGGUGUUGAUGUCCAGGAGGCAGACGGUGGAGAAGGUGCAGAAGGUCAGCUUGGCUGUGUCAGCCUUUAAGGACGGGCUGCGGGCAGAGGGGGGAGGCACACGCCGAGGCACACUGGAGCAGGCUGUGCAGGAGGAAGAGGAGGACGUGUCAGCAGGACCUUCCCAGACGGAGGAGAGCAGUGCUGCCAAGGCGGCCUGGGAACGGCUGCGGGACGGCCGGGGUGUGGAGCCCGAGGAGUUUGACCGAGCCAACAGGUUCACACCGCCUGCCUUCAUCCGGCCCAAGAGGGAGCUGCAUGAUGAUGAGCCUCUGGACAUCAGCCUGGAGCAGCAGGAACAGGUCCUAAAUGAUGAGAUGUGUGAGAUCUGCGAGGUGUGGACAGCUGAGAGCCUCUUCCCCUGCCGUAUCUGCAGCCGAGUGUACCACGACGGCUGCCUGCGCCGCAUGGGCUACCUGCAAAACGACAGCGCCGUGGAGGUGACAGAGACAGCACAUACCGAGACGGGCUGGAGCUGCUACUACUGUGACAAUCUCAAUCUCCUGCUGACGGAGGAAGAGAUGUACAGCCUGAUGGAGACCCUGCGGCACUGUAAGAUCAUUCCAGAGACCUGCCUGACCCUGGAUGACUUCCUUCACUACAAGCACCUGGUGCACAAGCAGCAGUUCGAGCAGCCCAUGGCUGAGGUGCAGGAGGAGCAGGCAGCCCUGCAGUUCUCUGCCCUGGACCCUGACAAGAAGGGGCACAUCGAGUGGCAUGACUUCCUCUCCCACGAGUCUAUUCAGCUGCUGCAGAAGCUGCGGCCACAGAACGCCCUGCUGCGGCUGCUGACGGCCAAGGAGCGAGAGCGGGCACGGGCAGCCUUCCUGGCCCUGGAUCAGGACAGCGACGGGCUCAUCGGAGAGGGCGAGUGCCGCCGGGCCCGGCACGCCUGGUUCCGCAAGCACCAAAAGGAGACACCAUCCUGCAACGUCAGCAUCAGCCACGUAGGGCCCAUGUCGGAGAGCAGCCCUGCCAGCAGCGGCAGUGGCAAGAGCCAGAAGAUCCUGCCAGCCGCAGAGCGUGAGGAGGCCAGGCUCGUCGACUGGCCCGGAUUCCUGCGGGACAACGUCAUCUACAUCCUGGCCGCCCGCCCCAACAGUGCCGCCCUCCACCUGCAGCCCCCCGCCUAGCCCCUGCGCCGCCACCCUCUCCCGCCACCGAGACCUGCCCUGCCCCCCGCUGCGGGCAGAGCCGGCCAACGACUGGCUGCCGGGGAGCGGCCACGCCGCCCCCUCCCUGCUGCUGCCGCUGCGGAUUAGCUGCGAAGAGAAUGGGCGCCGGGGCCUGAUUGGCUGAGGGACUGGGUGCGGCUCUGGGGGUCUCUGAUUGAUGGGGGGGAG